ACGAUAAGAAUAUAUAAUUGUAUUACCAACUUAUCUAAAUUACCUAAUAUGACGCUUACACAGCUGCGAUUAAUUCCGAGCGGUGUUUGGUAUUUAUAUCCAUAGGCCGAUUUACGCACUUCAUUUCGAACAUUCAUCAAAAUGACACGUACAAUUGCAAUCAUCGGUGCAGGUCCAGCUGGAUUAUGUCUGGCUAACAUUUUAAAGCAAGACAGCGACUUUGAGGUACAAGUUUACGAGAAAGACAGUCACAUAAAUGAAAGGAGUCAAGGUGGAACUUUAGACCUCCAUGAAGAUGGCCAGGAUGCACUCAAAGCAGCUGGUGUUUACCAGGAAUUUCAGAAACACGCGAGAUAUGACGAUGAAGAUACCGUCAUAAUGGACAAACACGCAACGAAGCACAUAGAAAUAAAGGAUCAAGAUACUGGUCGUCCAGAAGUAGACAGGAUUGCAAUCAGGAACUUCCUUUAUCAAGCUCUUCCAGAAAGUACCGUAAAGUGGGGUGCGAAAGUUGUAAAGGUUGACGAAAGAAAUGUUUACUUUGCUGAUGGGAAAUCACGCAAAUUUGACCUUAUUGUUGGUGCCGAUGGUGCUUGGUCAAAAGUUAGACCAGUUCUGUCUACAAUUAGGCCUUUCUAUUCAGGUAUCUCUGGAUUCGAAGGUAACAUACGCACCACAAAUCCAAAACACGCUGACAUCGCGAAACUGUUUGGACAAGGUUCAACAUUCGCGAUGGGAGAAACCGAAGGGUGUCUUGUUACUCAGAGAACCGGCGAUGGUAGCUACAAAGUAUACUUCUACAAAGCUUACCAUGAGAACUGGAUAAAUGAGAAUGGUUUGGAUGAAGAAGAUGGAGAAAAACAGCGCGCCUAUCUCUUACAGGAGAUAUACAGUUGGUCGGACAGCUUAAAGCAAAUUGUUCGUUCAUUCGAUGAUGACAUCAAACAAAGAGCGAUGUAUAUGCUUCCACCAGGUAUGAGAUGGGAAUCAAAGGAAAGUGUAUCAUUGAUAGGUGAUGCAUUUAGUCUUAUGACACCAUUUGCGGGUCUUGGGGUUAAUGUUGCUCUUGCGCAAGCUCACAUGUUGGCUCAAAUGCUUAUCAAACAUAAGGACAACCAGAUUGUAGCAAUAGAGAAGUACGAAGGAAUAAUGCAUACAGACGCAGAUGCCAAAAUGACGAAAUCGUGGAAUAACCUCCAGACAUUUAUGAAUAAAGGCGGAAUCGACUUCUUCAAGAAAUUUUUGGAUGGUCAUGGCAAGUAAGCAGUGAACUUGCGACACAUGGUAAGACGAUACCCUAGCUACUUACCCACGCUUCUUUGUAUAACUUGUAAUGAAUUUAUUCUUUACGCUUUAAAAUGACGCACAUUGAAACG